AUGCCACACGACAUCUACGUUUUUGGUAGCAAUGGAGAAGGCCAACUCGGCGAAGGAAUUGCUGUCGCAGACAUUGUCAGCAAGCCGAUGCAAUUACCAAGAUCAUCCAUCUUUAGCAACAUAACAGCCAUCAAAAGCGGCGAUAAUCAUACGCUUCUUCAUAUUUUGGGCGAUGCUGUUGCUGGGAUUGGUGACAAUAGAGUCGGCCAAAUUACCGGGUGUGCAGGCUCUCAGAUUCACGAGUUCAGGAAACUGCAUCAGAACGUCCAUCUCUUCGCAGCUGCCUGCGAAUCUUCGGCGUUUGCCUACUCUCAGAAAGACUCCAAUUCCAUAAUACAUACUCAAGGUCGCGGCCAGUGGGGAGAACUGGGUCGUGGUGAGGCGGAAGACACGCGUACGUACGACUCGUCCGAUCCGUUAGAUGUUCAAUUACCUGGAGAAAUGAUCGACUUCGCUGCUGGCGUGUGGCACUACGUCGCUGUCUUGGCCGACGGCUCUGUGUACGGCUGGGGUAAAGCCCGUCUCGGUCAACUGGGCGACAAGUCGUCAAACAAAGUCUCAGUACCCACGAAGAUUGAAGGCUUGUCGAUCAAGCCAAUCCGAGUAGUCUGUGGUAAAGACUUCACCUACCUGGUCAGCGACCCUUCAUCAGGUGAGCAUAUAGUCCUUGGCAAGGACAAGUUCAACAUCAUCUCGGCUAUGCCACUAGACAUCAGAGGCUGGAAGGACGUUGGAGCAACGUGGCACGCUAUUUUCGUUCUCUUCGACGACGGAAGGCUGGCAGCAUGGGGCAAAGAUAAUCAGUGGAAACUCAUACCUCCGGAUCUGCCCAAGAUCGACAAAAUCGCUAUUGGCACUGAUCACGUCCUGGCGCUCACUAAGAGCGGAAAGCUUGUUUCCUGGGGCUGGGGUAAGCACGGGAACUGCGGUGACCUCUCCAACAUACAGCAAGAGAUCAAAAACGACAUGAUAAGUGGAUUCUGGAAUGAAAUCGACAUACCAGGUCGGAUCGCAAAGAUCGCUGCUGGGUACUGUACAAGCUUCGUCAUCACAGAGGUGGGCGAAGAUGAGCGUAAGUAA